CAAAGGAACUUCUUCUUCAUUCAACAGGAUUCUUCUGUUUUCCAGAGUGAAAAUGGCUGAUUAUCAAGUGACCGUGUCCACUUCCUAUCUGGAUGAUGCCGGCACUUGUGACCAUGUCUUCAUUAAGCUGGUGGGAAAGGAUGGUGAGAGCAAACGCACGAGGCUCAUGGACUCCAAGGGAGAGUCAUCCUUCACCAGAGGAGCAGUGUCUACUUUUACCGUGUCCUGCCCUGUCUCCAUUGGAAAGCUGGUCCGGAUAGAGCUUGAAAAACAGCCUUCCCAAAAUCCGGACAAAUGGUUUCCCACCAAGGUGGAAGUGAAAUCCCCCGAGGGAGACACCUUCAAGUUGCUCAUCUGCCAAUGGAUCACUGACAGCAAGGUGUACCGCUUAAGAGAGGGAAAAGAGCCAGGCAAGCCGCCCUUCCAAAAACUGGACACGGGGAUCCCUCCCCCUGAGGAAGGCACCUCCAACUUUCCCAGUGAUCGCCGGCAAACUGACAGCAAAGUGCCUCGCUUUAUUGAGGGAACAGAGCCAGGCAAGCAGCCCUUCCAAAAACUGGACACGGGGAUCCGUCCCCCUGAGGAAGGCAUCUCCUUUCCCAGUGAUCGCCGGCAAACUGACAGAAAAGUGCCUCGCUUCAGAGAGGGAACAGAGCCAGACAAACAGCCCAUCCGAAAGCCAAACAUUGGUUUCUCUUCCCCAGCAGGAGACACCUACAACUUUUACAUCUAUUGCCACAACACUGACAGUGAGGUGUCCCGCUUCAGAGAGGGAACAGAGCCAGACAAACAGCCCAUCCGAAAUCCAGACAUUGGUUUCUCUUCCCCUGGAGGAGACACCUACAACUUUUACAUCUAUUGCCGCAACACUGACAGCGAGGUGCCUCGCUUCAGAGAGGGAACAGACUAUGUCCAGGAACACUGGAAGGAGGACGUUCUUUUUGCCUACCAGUUUCUAAAUGGCGUCAACCCCAUGUUGAUCCGACGCUGUUCAGCUCUGCCUGAUAACUUUCCUGUCACUGACGACAUGGUCUUCCCCAGCGGUCAGUUCAGCUUGGAAAAUGAAAUGGAGAAUGGCAACAUAUUCCUGUGUGACUACAAGCGUUUGGAGGGAGUGAAAGCAAACACCAUCCAUGGGAAGCAACAGUACUUGAUGGCUCCCCUCGUCCUGCUCCACAAAACACCUGAUGAUGAGCUGAUGCCAGUUGCUAUUCAGCUGAAGCAGACUCCAGCAGAAGACAACCCCAUCUUCCUUCCUACUGAUUCUGAGUACGACUGGUUGACGGCCAAGAUUUUUGUGAGAAGUGCAGAUUUCAACGAGCAUCAAGUCAAUGUCCACCUGCUGCGCACUCAUCUGCUGGCUGAAGUGUUUGCAGUGUCACUGCUGCGCAACGUGCCCAGGACACAUCCACUGUACAAGGUCCUCGCAGCUCACACCCGCUACACUCUGCAUAUCAACUUCUUGGCGAGAGAUCGUUUGAUAUCCGAGACUGGAGUUUUCACAAAGUUUGCAGCCACUGGUGGAGAGGGUAUGGUGACAAUCCUGAAGAAAUCACUGUCCUCAGUGACCUACAACUCUCUCUGCAUACCAGAAGACAUUGCUGAGCGUGGGCUGGAGGACGUGCCGAACUUCUACUACAGGGAUGAUGGACUCAAGCUUUGGGAUAUCAUCCACAGGUUUGUGCAGGGAGUGCUCGGCUUCUACUACAAGCAUGAUGAUGAGGUCCAGGAAGACGACGAACUACAGAGGUGGAUUGGGGACAUUUUUGAACACGGAUUCCUUUCCCAAGAAGGCACAGGAAUUCCACAGAGCUUUACCACCGUGGCAGAGUUGGUCAAGUUUGUCACCAUGGUGAUCUUCACUUGCUCAGCACAACACUCUGCUGUGAACACUGGACAGUAUGACUAUGGAGGCUGGAUGCCCAACACUCCCACCAGCCUGCAGCUUCCUCCACCAACCAAAAAGGGGACAACAAGCGAGGCCACGAUGCUGCACACAUUACCUGACAUGGGCACAACAGCCAAUGCAAUGGCUUCCAUAUGGUUACUCAGCAAACCAUCCUUUGACUUUGUCGGUCUUGGCGAGUCCCUGGAGGACCAUCACAGUGAGGAGAUUCCCUCCAGCCAUGUAACAGCUUUUCAAGGAGAGCUUCAAGCGUUAAGCGCACGCAUCAAAAUCAGAAACAAGAGUCUGGAGGUGCCAUACACAUACAUGGAUCCAGCUGUGGUAGAAAAUAGUGUGGCCAUUUGAAUGUCAGAAGGUGUGACCUCCUCAGCUGUUGGCCAAAUUCAAGUAACAAAAAUGAGAAAGGGAAAAUCUGCAUGCUUUGUUUUUAACUGGUACUAUGGUGGAAGGAAGCUACUGCAUGUGAUCAUUUUAUAUUGAUCUGUGAUUUUUAUAUAACCUAACUGAUUUAACUGUGGGGAAAAUGUGGUUUUAAGUCAUAAUUUACAUCUUAGAUCUUCUUAGUAUGUCGGUGAAUAUACAGGGUCUCUUAUCAAACUCAGUUACUGUGGGGAAAAAUAUUAUUUUGCAUUAAGAUUGUAACACUUUAGAAGUAAACUGUGCCUUAUGACUCACUGUCAUAAUGAAGUAUAAAUAAAUGUAGGUACCUAUGUUUUGCUUGAUUUACUGCAUGCUCUGUAUCUGUAUGUUAGAAA